AUGAUACCGUUGGAUUUCAAACACAUUUCAGCCAGCUCUGAUCUUCGCCUCCGAGCUCUUCAGCAAGAAUUUCAAGCCAUGGAAAGAAGACGUCCGUCCCGUUCUCGAAGAGCCGCCAAGGCCUUCGUCAAGUUGCGCUGCGACGAGAAAUCGACCUGCUCCAACUGCCAGGGAUAUGGAAAAGAAUGUGUCUACAUGACCAGUUCUCCACGGCCAAGGCCAUCGAAUGCCCGGAUUGCUCGGCUGCUGGCCGAAAAUCAGCAGCUUCGAGAACGACUCGGGGAGAGCGGUCCCAGCCCUGUGCAAGAUGCUCCCCGACAGGAUACCCAAGUUCAGCCUGGCGGAGAGGUCCAGGAACAGUCCGAAGUCGGGAAACGAAGCCAUCCCCAGUCCGUGGUGUCGGGCAUGUUCGUUUCGGCCAACGGAGAUUCCAGCUACCAUGGCCUGACGAGUACCCUGUUUGAUGAUGCUCGGAUGAACCGGCACGACCAGAUGCAGCUGGCCGAUUACUCUGGUCCUGUGGAGCCCAUCCGAAAGCAGCUCAUGGGGGAAGCUGCUUAUCAAAGGCAACUGGAGGAAUUGAACUUUCGACAAGGAAAGCUAGACUUUGAUGGCGUCGACCCGGAGCUGGGAAUGCACCUGCUAUCCCUACACUGGAAUCGGCAGCACCACUCCUUCCUGAUCACCUAUCGCCCAGCUUUCAUGCGCGACAUGGCCACCAAUGGGCCCUAUUUCUCGAAACUACUGCUUAACGCGAUUUACUUUGGAGCAUCAAAGUUCAGCAACCGUCCGGAGGUGCGCAAGGAUCCGGACGAUGCGCGGACGGCCGGGUGGACAUUUCGAAUGAGGGUGAAGGAACUGCUGGGAAGUGCUUUGGAUCGGAGUGAAAUCACCACGAUCCAAGCACUGCUGGUCAUGACGAGCUCUCUGUUUGCUUUGGGCGAUGAGCGUAGUGCAGCGUGGCUGUAUGCCGGUACGGCGUUUCGCAUGAUCAUCGAUCUCGGUAUGCAUGUGGAUGCUACGCUGCUUCCCAACAUGCGCCGGCUCUCUGGCGAGGAUCUAGAGAUCCGUCGGCGCGUCUUCUGGGGCGCCUUUGUGGUCGACAAGAUUCAGUCUCUGUAUCAAGGGCGCCCGGCGAGCCUACAGCACUUUGACACCAAGGUCCUGCUGUCUUUCCUGGACCAUUUCGAGGAGCUGGAGCCCUGGCAGCCGUUUGCGUAUUCCGAUGUACAGUCGUAUCCCGGGUCUCCGGCCUAUAGCGUGUCGACCUUCACGCAGCUCUGCAAGCUGUCGCUCAUCCUCAACGAGAUCCUAAACAAGGUCUACUCGGAAAGAAGCUCAAACCGGUCGCCCCAUGAUCUCAUCGCGACUCUCAAUACACUGGACGGGCAACUGAAGAACUGGCACGCUGCCCUCCCAGACCAUUUACGGUUCGACCAUGAGACCACCGGCGCGGUACCGCCCCCUCAUGUCCUUUCUCUGCUGGCGCUGUACAACGUGCUGGUCAUUCUUCUCCAUCGACCAUUUGUCUCCGAAGGCCAUCUGCACACCGCAGACCCAUCAGUGGCCCUGAGUUCCUUCACCACUUGUACGGCAGCGGCAUCCAGCAUCCAGCAUUUACUCCAAGCCUACGACCACACCUUCUCCAUCCGACGAGCGCCGUACCUGAUCUCGUACGCCACGUACGUAGCGGCGACGAUCUUUGUUCGAGUGGCGGCGCAGCGAGAAGGUGCCAGUCGAGCCCAUUCCAGUCUCCGCACCUGUCUUGACAUCUUCCAGAAAAACGAAGAGACCAACUGGGCCGUGCGGAGAGCUCACAACGUCAUCCUGCACUUGAUGGAUCGCAUGGACGUUCAUUUGGAUCGUCACCCCGCCGUGCCCGCCGAGGCUGAGCAAAGCACGGUCGAGCAGUGUCAGAGUCGAGGGGACUCUCCAUGCGGACGACCACUGGGGUUGGAGCCUCUGCCAGAUAUCGAGGUGUCCGAACUGGACAUUGAUAUGAUCAUUCAAAGCUUCAUUCGCACACAGCCCAGACCCGCCGAGGAGCAGCCCUUUUACGAAACCGUGGAGCCCUUUUUCGGCUCUGCUGUGGCUCACCCUACAGCCCAGGGUGCUUCGACUCUGUCCAUGCCUUCAUCUGCUCAGGAGCCAAUGUCUUAUGUGCCAUUCGAUGAUAUGCUGUUCGGGUUUAACGGGUCUCCACAGGACAAUGUGUUUGGUGAUUAA